AUGAUGCCAAAACUGUGGCCUUGCGCCAGCUCGGCGAAGAUGAGUAUUCCAAGCCGAGUUAUGCCGGCUUCUCACGUCGCCAGAUUAGCCAUCUGGAACCCCCGUAAUCACAGCACCAAUGCCAUAGCGACAGCUACCCGAUCCGAAGAUGGGCUAUCCUCACCGGCCCCUUCUACCGACUCCGUGCCGCCACGAUGGGCUGCUCUAAAAUCAGCGAAGCCCUUUUCGGAAUUUCUGACAGAUACCUUCAACCGCCAGCACGACUACCUCCGCAUCAGUGUGACCGAGCGAUGCAAUCUCCGCUGUCUCUACUGCAUGCCUGAGGAAGGCGUACCAUUAUCUCCACCGGCUCGUCUCCUUACCUCCCCCGAAAUCAUAUACCUCUCGUCGCUCUUCGUCUCGCAGGGUGUGACCAAGAUACGUUUGACAGGCGGUGAGCCUACCGUUCGCAAGGAUAUUAUCCCCCUCAUGCAGUCGAUCGGGGAACUGCGUCGCAAUGGCCUUCGUGAGCUUUGUCUGACAACGAAUGGCAUCUCGCUACACCGGAAGCUGGACGCCAUGGUUGAUGCCGGCUUGACUGGAAUCAACCUUAGCCUUGAUACGUUGGAUCCCUUUCAAUUCCAGAUUAUGACGCGACGAAAGGGUUUCGAUGCGGUGAUGCGGAGUAUAGACCGGGUGGUGGAAUUAAACAAAGCCGGGGCUGGGAUCAAGCUAAAGAUCAACUGCGUGGUGAUGCGGGGGAUCAAUGAUCGGGAAAUCAUCCCUUUCAUCGAGUUAGGGCGGAAUGACCCCAUUGAGAUACGCUUCAUCGAGUACAUGCCCUUUGAUGGCAAUAAAUGGAGCCAGGGUAAGAUGGUCUCUUACCAAGAAAUGCUGGCAACCAUCCAGGAGAAGUACCCCACUCUCCAGAAGGUGCCAGAUCACAAGAACAACACAAGCAAAACUUAUCAGGUUCCUGGCUUCAAAGGCCAGAUUGGCUUCAUCACCAGCAUGACGCAUAACUUCUGUGGUACCUGCAACCGGUUACGCAUUACAUGUGACGGGAACCUGAAGGUCUGUUUGUUCGGUAACGCCGAAGUGUCCUUGCGAGAUAUACUUCGGAAGGGAAACAACGGGGAACCCAUUAGUGAAGCAAGGAUGGAGGAGCUGGAAUCUGAUGAUCUUGUCCGGAGAGAGGAGCUGCUGGAUCUCAUCGGAGUAGCGGUUAAGAGGAAGAAGGCAAAACAUGCUGGCAUGGGUGAGCUCAAAGAUAUGAAAAACAGGCCGAUGAUACUUAUUGGUGGGUAA